CUACUGCUCCCCAACCGUUCUUACCUUCGCAUUCAUGCAGCGUGUUGUCGUGUUGCUCGUUUGUCGGGUGCUGCCACGUACAUGGAAACCGUUCUUCAGAAAGAAGAAAAGAUGCGUGCAUAUGUUGAACGCGUAUGCAAUCUCGCUGAAGAUGGCUUGUCGACAGAC